UCCUGAAGGUUUUCCAUGGGUAGACCAGGUUUUAGUCCGCGUGGUGGCCGAGGAGGAGGUGGAAGAGGUGGCGGUGGACGAGGUUUUCCGCGUGGUGGCCGAGGAGGAGGUGGAAGAGGUGGCGGUGGACGAGGAGGUUUCCGUGGGGGUGGUGGUAGAGGCGGAGGAUUCGGAAGAGGAGGAGGAGGUGGAUUUGGCAGAGGUGGGAGAGGUGGAGGAGGCAGAGGUGGAGGCAGAGGUGGUGGACGAGGAGGAUUUAAAGGUGGAGCCAAAGUAACAAUAGAGCCGCACAGACAUGAAGGAGUAUUUAUUGCCCGUGGAAAGGAAGAUGCGCUGGUCACAAAGAACAUAGUCCCUGGAGAAACAGUAUAUGGAGAAAAAAAAAUAUCUGUGGAUGCACCAGAUGUUGGUGCUGGUGCUGGUGCUGACAAAGUUGAAUACAGGGUUUGGAACCCAUUUCGCUCCAAGCUUGCUGCAGCCAUUCUUGGAGGAAUUGACAAGAUACACAUGGCACCUGGUUCUAAGGUGUUAUACCUUGGAGCUGCAUCAGGAACAACAGUGUCUCAUGUUUCUGAUAUUGUUGGUCCUGUAAGUAUUGUGUAUGCAGUUGAAUUUUCUCACAGAUCUGGCCGUGAUCUCAUAAAUGUAGCUAAAAAAAGAACAAACAUCAUACCAAUUAUAGAAGAUGCCAGACAUCCACAUAAAUACAGAAUGCUUGUUGGAAUGGUAGAUACUAUUUUCGCUGAUGUAGCUCAACCAGACCAGGCGCGUAUUGUGGCUAUUAAUGCUCACAACUUUCUAAAAAAUGGAGGACAUUUUGUCAUUUCUAUCAAGGCAAACUGCAUUGAUUCAACUGCAGAGCCGGCAGCAGUAUUUGCAGGAGAAGUGAAGAAGAUGCAGGCCGAGAAGAUGAAACCUCAAGAACAGCUGACACUGGAACCCUACGAGAGAGAUCAUGCUGUAGUUGUUGGAAUUUACAGACCACCACCAAAGAAGGACAAGCAGUAGAAUAGUUUUAACUUUCUAGGAUUUUAUUGUAACUUAUGUCACAUUUUGAAAUAAAGAAAAAUCAGUGAUUUCUGUAUAAUUUUAAUGUUCCUAAGA